AGAAGAUAAUUAGGUUUUGAACAGAGAAAUUCCACCAUUCAUCAAAAUCUUCUCAAUGGAAACAGCAAAGCGUAGAACCAUGUCAACAAUCGUCUCCAAACUCAGCUCUGUCUCUGAGCAAACCAGAGCCGCCGCUUUAGCUGAGCUUAGACUCAUCUCCAAACAAGAUCCUGAUAGCCGUCUUAUCAUCGCCGACGCCGGAGCUAUUCCGUACCUCGCUGAGACUCUUUACUCGUCGUCACACUCUGCUCAGGAAAACGCCGCCGCGACUCUCCUCAACCUCUCAAUCACCUCUCGCGAACCCCUAAUGUCUUCACGCGGCUUACUCGACGCGCUUUCUCACGCGCUCCGUCAUCACGACACCACCACUUCCCCCGCCGCGGUUCAAUCCUCCGCCGCCACGAUUUACAGUCUUUUGAUAGCUGAAGAGUCUUACCGUCCUAUCAUCGGAUCUAAGCGCGAUAUCAUCUUCUCCCUCAUUCACAUCGUUAGAUAUGCAGAUUCGCAUCCCCGAUCGAUCAAAGACUCGCUCAAGGCACUCUUCGCCAUCGCUCUCUAUCCGAUGAAUCGAUCGACGAUGAUUUCACUCGGCGCGAUUCCUGCUCUGUUUUCGCUGAUCGUGAAGGAUUCACGGAGCGGGAUCGUGGAAGAUGCGACGGCGGUUAUGGCGCAAGUCGCUGGAUGCGAAGAGAGCGAGGAAGGGAUGAGGAGAGUUUCAGGAGCUAACGUUCUCGCGGAUCUGUUAGAUCCUUGUACUGGUUCGAGCCUACGGAUCAAAGAGAACGCCGUUGGUGCGCUUCUCAAUCUGGCGAGAUGCGGAGGCGACGCAGCGAGGUCUGAAGUUGCCGCGGUGGUUGCCUCUGGUGCUGAUGAAGGAGCCAUGGAAGGGAUCGUGUAUGUAGCUGAGAAUGGUAGUGUGAAAGGAAGGAAGAAAGCGGUUGAUCUGUUGAAGCUCGUUGUCUCCGGCAAUGGCGGCGAUUCACGUUUUGAUUAUUUGAUCAAUGAAAAUCCAAAUAGCAGAAGCAGCUGAUUGUUUAACUAAUCCAUUCAUUGAU